AUGGCUUGGCCUAUUUGCUCCCUAUUUACGCAAAUUCAAACGCAAUGUUCUUGGUCAAUAGUUGGCGAUUCGGUUGAGAUUGCUUACAAGCCGAUACCAGAAACGCCGAAAAUUUAUUUCGGGGUUUCGGUUAGAGUUCUCGAGUGGAUCGAAGCUGACUACGUCUACCGACUGCUACCACUAUCGGAUGGGGAUGAUCGGUGCAACGGGCCGAGUGUAUGGUUCCAGCCGAAGCGCAUCCUCACGAUGAUCCCGCCAUUUUCAAUGGAUUAUUACAAGACGAACCUACCGCAGACCACCCUCCGCUUGUACAAUUUCGGGGAAAUUAACGGCGCCACAAAUGUUGACGUCUACCAUGGCGGUGAUCCCGGGAGGAGCCAGAUUAAUUUUUUUGGCAACAAUGGAGUAAGCGCUAAUACCGAAGGGAAUGCUAGUGUUGAUAAGGCCCGCAUCGACAGCUUCUCCUCGGCCACCACCGUUGUCAAUCGUAAUUCGAUGGGUCUUUUAGGAAUCCAGCCGGCCUAUGCCCAAGUCGAGAUCGGAGAUAACUAUAUAGUGCUGCCAAAUUUUCUUGGUUACCUCAACAGCUGGAAAUACCCGUGGAUCUUCGAAGAGGACCAAGACCUGUUUCCGGUUACUACUUUUUCGAUUGGAUACAACGGCCAUCUGGUCAAGCUGAUAUCCCUCGCUUCGUUACAAGGCGGGACAUUGGUGAUACGAUCACUGGACGAGAAGGGCAACAAUAUCACCAACACCGACCCUGUUGAUCCUGAAAGGCAGGGCCAUAGUGGUUUUCGGCUCCGCAGCGAGCCUUCCUCGUCUAGCCUGAGUGAAACAGUGAUCGACGUGAAUUCGCAUUACCCCAAUUAUAUGUUCAAUGUGGUCAGCAUCCUGUAUAGCUGGACACGCUUUGUGGCCGCGUUCGGCGAGUUGGCUGCCGAGGCUGACGCCACUAUUACAAUCUGCAGUCUGGACGAUGGGACCACGCGAUCACAACAGGCCGAAGGAUUUGUGGAUUGCUUUUCGCGAGCGGACUUGACUACAAAGAUCCUAAACUGUUGUACAAGGACUUACUCCGUGUCUAAUGGGACUUCAAUACCAUUUGACAUGUUCAAUUUCACCUACUUCCCUCCGGAACCGUCCGUGAUAUUCUCCGUUGAGCUGGCCAAAGAUGAUUCCGCCCUGACGCUCAACUUCCCAUAUAAUCCACAAACUGAUGAAGAUCUUUCGAUAAAAACUCCGGAUUCAAAUAAAACCGUUUUUGUUGCGAUUAGCCUAGCGGACUAUUUGAUCUAUCGAGCCGAUGAAAUCGAACAGCACGUGGCUGUGUUGAAAUCGAUGUUAUGGCCACACAGCGCGAUCGAUUGUGAGUAUAAAUUGUACACUGGUAUGGUGACGGGAGAACAACACUCGUCGCGGCCACUCAGCAAGUUCCGAAAUUCCGAGGAUUUCUAUCCAACAUGGCUGUUUACCGGCACUUUCACCCUCGAGAUUCCCGCCGGGUGCAUGCCAACGAUUACUAUGAGUCGGCAAGAAGUCGCAUCAGUGACGGUGGUCACGUCAACAGAAUGCACCGGCAGUCGCCUGCUCAUUUCCCCGUCAUAUAACAUGCCGGACUUUGUAACUCUCAGUCCGGUGGCUCGUAACGUCACCUGGUUAUGCGACACAGUCGACGUGCAUGUCGAGAUUUACGACGUGCUCUACACGAUGGUGCACGUUGACUUGGUGUUCACCGACGGCACGGCAGAGAGGCGUUCCUUCAAUUCCUCUGAGCCGACCGGAAGUGUGAAUGCAACAGAAGUAAAAAUCGUCACGGUGCUCUAUGCUCCAUUUGAUAUACCCGCAACGUCGCGCUAUGGCUACUAUUUACGGGUGAAUUUCACCGAUCGGACGGCUACGACAUUGGAACCGUUGGUGACCGCCAAGGUGUCCGAGAAGACCGACAGCUCGUUAACAAAAUAUUCUUUGAAGCCGUUGUCAGUGUUGUUUAUGACAACGACGCUAUUAUGUUUAUUCGUA